UUUCGCCUUCAUCAUGCGCCGUGAUGCCGAACCGCCAAACCCGAUGAAGCACUCUCGGAAGCGCGCGCGCGAACACGACUCCGAGUCCCCCAGACGACACCGUCGUCCACGUUUCGGAGCAGCGCCGCCCGCUCCUCCACCUGCCCAGCCAGAAGCACCGUCGCCGCCAACACUAGCACCCACCACUGCGUCGUCCAAACACGUCAAUCCCUCCUCUUCGCAACGACCGCAGACACCAUUCGAGGCGGAACCCAACGCACGCAAGCAGCCCAGCAAGGCGCAGUCAGAACCGAAGCGUUCCAAGCGUGCGCUUGACGACCCCGAUUGCGAUCAGUCCGCAACCAAGCGUCGUCGGCGGUCCCCACCAGCGUCGGAGCCUCGGGUAGCGGAGCCUCGAGCAGCAGAGCCUCAGGGGACCUGGUUCCUCAACCACUGGCUGGAAAUCACUCCUCAAUCGAGAGUCGUCCAAGAGAAGGUCGAAGGCAGUGGCGUCAUUCCAACCAUUGCGGAACUUCCCGAAUUGGAAGCUGGUCGCGAUCAAAUGUCGCAGCAGGAUGCAGAGAGCACCCAGGCGCCGGGCUCGGCGGUUUCCGAGAGACUCAAGACAUCGAGCCCUAUGUACCGUGGAUCACUGAAGAUGAACGGCAUUGUCAUAGACAAAUUUGGGACCGAGAUACCGCGGGACGUUGAGGAACUGGUCACCAAGCACGUACGAAAAGCGCGUACAUCGCCACCGUUGGGAGAGGACAAGAAGGCCAGCAUUAGGCGGAAGAUCGAGGAGGUUUGGGACAGCCCUGAACCUACGGUGUCGGAUAUCAUCACAGCUCCCCUCUUUAACCUCGCCCACCCUGCCCUUGCGCCUGGACGUGAUAUUCUCUGGUCCUCCAAGCCACUGCCUCGAAGUACCGACUACCCGCUCGUUACACCCAAAACUGACCGCCACUUGGGAUUCCAGCCCACCCUCAGGUCUGAGUGGACUCGGGCCGAGCUCGCUGUGGCAGAUCAUCCCAAGGUUCGACCGUACUCGCAACCGACACGGGAAAACCUGUUCCCGUCUUUCCUUUUUGAGCUCAAGUCAGAAGCUACCGGCGGCACACUAUACGGAGCUAAAGGCCAGUUGGCCACUGCCGGCUUCCACCGCGUCAGCUCGUUGAUGUGGAUACUCGAACAAAUCGAUCCGAAUAGAACUCAAUCGAGUUGCGACGCCAUCGUCUUCUCGAUUGCCAUUUGUCAGAGAGAAGCCGUCGCGCACGUGCACUACUACAACCCGAAGGACCAGACCUUCCACAUGUCCUACAUCGACAGCUUCUACUUCGCAAAGGACGUCCAGGGCUGCCAUGACUAUGCCCAGAACGUCGUUGAUUGGUUGCUGGAGACCCAACAGCCGAUCGUUAGAACGCAUUGAAAGCGUUGCAUCCGAUUACAAAGCUGUGGAAAAAAGCUCGAUCUGCUAGCGCUGUGGUAGACGCAGUGGACUCGUUCGGGAGUGAGAGCGGCAGGUCAGCCAAGAGCCAACGACUGGUCUAGUUCGAAUAUACGACACUAAGACGGUCCCUCAGUCUUAACGAUGGGCGGCUGCUCCUCCAGCC